UCAGCGCAACACAUCAACGCAGUGUGUAACGCAUCGAUCAUGUUGAGACUCGCAAUCGUUAAGAAAUCACCUGUUAACAUAGCGAUUCUCUUGAUCGUCGUGGGAUUGUUAGUCAAGUCAAACAUUUUGUUUUGGUCUGCGUUGCCCAGUGAUGCCAGUCGAUCGACUACCGUCCAACUACGUCGUCAGCAAAAUCAGACGAAGUCAAGCGUUUUGUUUUGGUCUACAUUGUCCAGUAAUGCCAAUCAACCAACUACCCUCCAACUACGUCUUCAGCAAAAUCAGACGAAAACCACGAUGUCAAGCGAUUUGCUUUCAACCGCGCUGUCCAGUAAUGGCAAUCAAUCGACUACCGUCCAACUACGUCGCAAGCAAAAUCAAACGAAAACCAUUCUCGUAUGGAAUGGUUCCGCCCGCGCCGAAGUCAGCGUUUUCGGUUUGGGCCACAAAGCUUUUAUCAACGAAAAGUGUGCGUACACGCAAUGCGACAUGACAAACAAUCGAACGCAACAUCCAAUCGAGUAUUACGACGCUGUUGUCGUCGUGUUCAACGACGAAUUCACGUCAAAAGACGAACUGAAAAUGCCAGAAUUCAAAAACGGACGCAAUCCCAAUCAACAGGUCGUCUUCUUCACUCAAGAAUCACCGUUGACUUUGAAAGCUUACUACAACAUGAGUGACCUAUCGAACUUGUUCAAUUGGACAAUGACUUACCGACUGAACGCCGAUGUUCCUUUCGUGUACGGUCGGAUCACGCCGAAAGCAGGUGCUCUCAAACCGGAAGAGAUUGCGCGUUACAGGCAAAAUGCCCGGCGUCCAGGAGGUCCGUUGCGCAAUAAAACAGUUGCCUGGAUGGUGUCGCACUGCCAUACGCACAGUCAAAGAGAGACGUACGCCAAAGAGUUAAGGAAAUACAUAGACGUCGACAUCUACGGUAGAUGCGGCAACUUGUCGUGCGCUAAACACGACCUGCAUACUUCCAGUCCGCAGUGCUACGAUAUGCUCGAAUCCAAAUACAAAUUCUACUUGUCUUUCGAAAAUUCAAUUUGUACAGAUUACGUGACUGAGAAAUUCUUCAAAAUUAUGGAUCACCAUAUCGUUCCCGUCGUGUACGGCGGGACCGAUUACACCAAACACGCACCGCCACAUUCGUUCAUUGACGCCAGCAAAUUCAGUAAGACGAAAGACUUGGCGGCUUACCUGAAACUGUUGGACGCUAACGACGCGCUGUACAACGAAUAUUUUUGGUGGAAAGAUCACUACCGUGUUGAGUACAGCAUCAACGAUAGGUCGCGUCACGCCUUCUGCGAUUUAUGCCAAAAGCUGCACGAGCCUGUCAACUUCAAAUCUUAUAAAGAAUUAGUGUCCGAAUGGGGUGACGGUAAUCAAUGCAAACCUUUCGAUCCGUCUACGAUUUCAAAAUGAUUUUGGGAUUGAAUCACGUGAAUCACGCAGAACGAAGAGAAGAAAUGUUUUUCUACAU